AUGCCAGAUGUAUACCGGAAGGUCAACCAGUGGUCAGCUCACAUCCAAGAGACUGGGGAUUCCCUUUAUGAACCUGGUUCCGACCUCACAGUUGACGAGGCUAUGGUCCGAUUUACUGGUCGAUCUCUUGAGACGACAACGAUCCCAACAAAACCUAUCCCAACUGGCUAUAAGAUCUGGAUCCUUGCCCAGUCUGGCUGCUGUAUACGGUGGCUGUGGCACGUACAUGGAAAGGGCCCAUACGCAUUAGUCCCCCAGGCCCGGCCAGCCGGGGCAGCUGCUGGAAAGCUGGCUCUGUUGACACCAACGCAGCGGGUAGUAACUACGCUUGUUUCCCUACUGCCAGCUGCAACCUACCACGUAUUUCUUGACAACCUCUUCGCCUCUAUACGUCUCUUUCGUACCCUACGGAAGCAACAGGUUGGAGCUUCUGGUACUUGCCGGAAGGAUAGUGGGAUAGACAAGAUCCUCGUUGCUGAGAAAGAGACUGAAGGACGGGGUAUCCCAUGGGGGGAUAUACACUGUAUCCCUACUUUAGAUGGGGAGGUCAACCAAUUCACAUGGAAGGAUAAUGCCCUCGUACUCUUCCUGUCAACUGUCUUCCAGGACGGGCAGGAAGUUAUCCGCAGCCGCCGUCGCCCGGCUGGGGACACCGCUGCUAAGAAGGCCGCCCGGCAAGUCUUCGGCCCGGAUGUCCGCAAAGACCUUCCAGUCCCUAGGGCGAUUGAUGAGUAUAAUCACAAGAUGAAUGGGGUUGACGUGAGUGACCAGAUGAGGUCCUAUUAUCAGUAUAACCACCCUGUUCGUCGAGGGGGCUGGCAGUCGAUUGCCUGGAAUUUCCUACUGGAAGUGGUAGUUGUGAAUAGCUUCCUACUGCAGCUCUGGGGCAGCCCUAGGUGGAAAAAGGUGAAAACCCACUACCAAUGGCGGCAGUUGCUGGCUGCCCAGCUUAUUCAACGGUUUGGACCAUUGGCAGGCGGGCGAAGACUAUCACGGCCUGGACGGGCUACAGACAAGAGGAAUACUUCUAUUCCAUGGGAACAGCAUAGGAAGGGAUCAAGGAAGGUAUCUUCACCUUGCACCUAUUGUGGUAGUAGGAAGGUUUUAAAGGAGAUAUCUGGGAAUACCAUCACUCGGCAACGACGGCAGACAACUCGAAAGGGUUGCUUGGAUUGCAAUGUACCAUUAUGUAUUAAUAAAGAUUGCUGGUACCUCUAUUUACAAGCUCUUAUUGGCUCUACCCCGCCCUUGGCGAAAGUGCUGUCCAUCCGCACCCGAUGGGAUAGAAAAGGGAGGCUAAACGGGAUGAAGAGCCAAUUAAAGAUAGCGCUUGGAAGUGCAGCUGAGAAAUCACUUUCUCCCUUGAUCGCAACAUCACCCUAG